AUGCGGCCGAAGCGGUCUUCGCCUGCCGCAAACCCACCUACGCGACAAGGGACGCGACGAGGGCCACCGACAAAGCCCCAAAAAACAGAACAUGCCCUCUGGGUUGGUAACCUUCCACCAUCGAUUGAUGUUUAUGAUCUAAAGGAACAUUUCUCCCAAGGGGCCACUGAGGAUAUCCAAAGCGUGUUUUUGAUAUCCCAGAGCAAUUGUGCUUUCGUGAACUAUCGAUCUGCCACUUCCUGUGUGGAUGCGUUGACAAGGUUUCAUGGUUCUCAGCUACGAUUUUCACGUCUCGUGUGUCGGCUACGCAAAGGUUUGGAGAUAUCUGAGCUCCACAAGAGGUCGCCUGACCCCGGGAAACACAAUAUAACCUGGCCAGCAGAAUCACCGGGUGAUGAGGCAUACGGCCCGACAGCAUGUCAACCUAAGCUCGAGAUUCAUCCAUCCGAAAAUCGGUAUUUCAUUGUCAAGAGUUUAACGAUAGAGGAUCUUGAAACGAGCAAGGACACUGGAAUCUGGGCUACCCAGCCUCAUAACGAAAUUUCACUCAGCCAGGCUUAUGACACUUCGAAAAAUGUCCACUUGAUUUUCUCCGCGAAUAAAAGUGGCGAGUACUUUGGCUAUGCGCGCAUGUCGUCUUCAAUUGUGGAUGACGAAGAUCUGUCACGAGCGGUACAACUACGAACUCAUUAUUCUUCAGCGAAAACCGAACUCAAUGUGACUCCUACUUUGGCAACGUCGACGGCACCGGCAGGGAUAAUCGUUCGAGAUCUUGGUCGCGGAACAGUGUUUUGGGAAGUCAGGCCUCCCGGGAGCCAUAGUGGUUGCAACGGCAUAGAGUAUGAGCAAGCAGCCUGGCCAGAAUUCUCUUCCUUAGGGACUCCAUUUGGUAUUGAAUGGGUCUCAACGAACCGUGUACUUUUCGACCGCACGCGAGAUCUAAGGGAUCCCUGGAAUGCCAACAGAGAGGUGAGAAUCGCCCGCGAUGGAACGGAGUUAGAGCCCUCGGUAGGCCGCAAGUUGAUACGAUUAUUUCACUCGAUAUAA